AUUUUGUGGGCGCUUCUUUUUCGCAUCUUCACCAUCGCCAAAUUUCGAGCCAAGAGACAACAACAUCUUCCAACCUUUUCGCGAUAGUUACUAACCACCAACCAGUCACCAUGUCGGAAAAGACCCAGAACCCCAUGCGGGAGCUCCGCAUCCAAAAGCUCGUCCUCAACAUCUCCGUUGGUGAAUCUGGUGACAGAUUGACUCGUGCCGCGAAGGUCUUGGAACAGCUGAGUGGUCAGACUCCUGUCUACAGCAAGGCUCGCUACACCGUUCGAACUUUCGGUAUCCGACGUAACGAAAAGAUUGCCGUCCACGUUACCGUCCGUGGCCCCAAGGCCGAGGAGAUCCUUGAGCGUGGCCUUAAGGUCAAGGAGUACGAGCUCCGCAAGCGUAACUUCAGCGAGACCGGUAACUUUGGGUUCGGUAUCAGCGAGCACAUCGAUCUCGGUAUCAAGUACGACCCGGCCAUCGGUAUCUACGGCAUGGACUUCUACUGCUGCAUGACCCGCCCUGGUGAGCGCGUCACCCGCCGCCGCCGGGCCAAGGCAAGAAUCGGUUCCGGCCACCGCAUCAACCGCGACGAGACCGUAAAAUGGUUCAAGCAGCGCUUCGACGGCAUCGUCCGAUAAAUGUUAGGGAAUUGGACGAUAUUGGAAGAAACUACAUGGCGUUGGCUGGUUGCAUUGAUUCAGGCGGAUCCCCGGGACAAAACGAUUCAUGGAGAUGUAUCUACUGAAUUCUGGCGAGUAACAUCGCUCUUCUAGCAUGACUUGAAUUAAGUCAGCUGCGGCCUUAGAGACCGACCGGCACACUGCCGGCUUCCCAUGCAUUAAUGAAACUAUUACGUGAUAUCCCACAACUUUCAGAGCUAUCUAUCUUAUUCUUUACACGGUUUCAGAGGUCAAACACUAUCCAAUUAAGCGUAGAUGUUAUUGAAGCAGGAGGUAAAUUAGGUAUUUACUUAAUUUAUAACCUAGAAUUUCUCUUAACAAGGGGCUUCCUGCGCUCACUCAAUGAUAGCAUUUGCUAAUGGUUAUAUGAGACUAGGUAGUCUUGACUAUUACUUAUAUCUUAUUAACCUGGAUGCCUUUAACGUAGCGUAUAAUUCAUUACUUACAUUUACCAUUUACCUUAUACAUAAGUCGGCGUUAUUAAAUAUGUAUAUAUAUCUACAUAUACAUAGGUAGACAUCUAUAUGUACCAGUCUUUCACAAAAUCAUUGCCACUUACACAUGUGUAGGUACAUGUAUGUAUUAGCCAGUUGCUAUCAACUUCAUGUAUUUAUACAUAUCCGUGGGUUAGUCAGCUACCUAGGUACAUAUAUACGGUC